AUGAAGUUGAAACUAGACAUGCCACUGAAAGACUUGGCCUUUCGUUUUGGUGUUUCCCUCUCGACAGUAUCUCGAGUUUUUUCUAGUUGGAUGAUUGCUUUGGAUGUCAGACUUUCACCAUUAGUGUCUUGGCCUGAUCGAGAAGACCUGUGGCGCACAAUGCCACAGUGUUUUCAGGAUUCUUUUGGGAAAAAAGUAACUGUUAUUAUUGACUGUUUUGAAGUUUUAUUAAUCGCCCGUCAGGUCUUUAUGCCAGGGCACAGACAUUCUCCUCCUAUAAGAACCACAAUACAGUCAGGUCGUGGUUUUACCAUACAAGAAAGUCUUAUGUUCCAUCAGGCCCAACUGGCUAUUCCAGCAUUCACAAGCUAA